UCCGCGGGUUUAUAUGUUGCAGGGCUCAAGCGGUCUGACAACACUUUCCCGAAACAUUACCAAGGCAUGUAUAGAUGGACUGAUGGAAAACCACCCACGUUUCUAAAAUGGAAGACUGAUAGAGAGUCAUGGCAACCAGAUGGUGCUGCAGCUGAAUCGUGUGUGGCUUGGACAAAAACUUCUGAUCUCUCAUGGUGGAAGGACAUUGGGUGUGGUGACGCUAUCGGCAAAGGGUUCAUCUGUAAAAUGGAAGCAAGAAACAAUACAGAACAGAUGGUUAGUCCUGUGGUCCAUGCGCCUACACGUGCGCCAUCCAUAUAUCGAUUCUUCAACUGCAGCAAUGGUGAAAUAAUUUGGGAAUCUCGAAAGUGUGACGGACUUUCUGAUUGCUUUGACGGAAGUGAUGAACAAGGCUGCGGUAAUGGAUGUGCCGACACUCAAUAUCGCUGUAUGUCAAAUGGCCUGUGCCUCUCGUGGGACUUCUACUGUGAUCAGAUCAGCGAUUGCGUGGAUAAAAGUGAUGAAACCAUGUGCUUUCCGAAGCCCUGUGCUAAUGAUGAAUGGCGAUGUUCUAACAAUCAGUGCAUUAACAGCUUUAAGGUGUGUGACCUCACACCUGACUGCCGAGAUAGAUCCGAUGAACUCAACUGUAACACUUGUAAAGGAUUUCGUUGUACAGACGGUACGUGCAUACCUUACAGCUGGCAGUGUGAUGGAAUCGUAGAUUGCCCAGGAACCCAGAAAGAAGAUGAACUUAGAAGUCUCUGUAAAGUUUUAAAGUCAAGUGAUACACCAACAAAGACGUUGUGCCACUGGAAAGCACAGGGAGUGUAUAACGCAAUGCCUCGUUAUCUCACUGGGAUGGAUACCUGUGACACAGUAAAGUGUGAGGAAGGUUAUUACAAGUGUCCACGGAGUUAUUGCAUACCUUUAGAAUUUGUUUGCAAUGGCAUCAUGGACUGUGUUGAUGGGGCAGAUGAACAUGUGUGUGAUAAGUACCAAUGUCCAGGCUACUUUAGAUGCAGAAAGAGCACGACAUGUAUCAGUGUAAAGGAUGUGUGUAAUAACAACAUUGACUGUCCUGGGGGUGAUGACGAGAUGUCUUGUUAUUUCUCAUGCCCGUCCUCGUGUAACUGCACUGGUUCUGUUCUUAAAUGUUCAGGGUCCUUUCUUGGUAAUGAAACAUUUAGAUCAUUAAUACGAAAGUUAGACUUGUCAUCAUCCAACCUCGACCAGCUUACAGACAUCAGUUUCCAGGGUCUGCAUAUGCUCGCUGUAUUAAUAAUGUCAAACUGCCGUAUUGAAAAUUUCCUAUGGAAUAUCUGGGAACUAAAGAAUUUGAUAUCAUUGGAUCUAAGCAGCAAUAUUAUAAAGUUAAUAAGGCGGAAUACAUUCAGAGGAUUGCGUAAUUUAAGACACCUUGAUCUCUCGGAAAACAAAUAUUUAACUACAAUUAAGAUUGGUGCUUUUGACGACCUUCAACAGUUGGUGGAACUGCGGUUGGAAUACACAGGAAUCCAGACACUCACAAAGCACCUAUUUUCUGAACAGGUGAAUCUCAUCUUUCUGAACAUUUCGUUCUCAGAAUUACGGUACAUUGAAGAUCGAACCUUUGAAAAUCAGACAUCUCUUACUAAGUUAGAUCUUCAUCAAACCAAAAUAACAGACUUUGGAGAACACAUAUUUGAUGGUCUAGCUGAGCUUAAAUUCCUUCGAACUGGUAUCUUUACCCUAUGUUGUCCUCGUGUCAGACCACCAUCUGUUCAAGACGACAAAUGUAUCGCUCCUCAAGAUGAUUUCUCGUCAUGUGAAGACCUCAUGCAGAACAAUGUCCUUCGUAUAUUUAUUUGGGUUCUUGGAGUGUCCGCACUUAUUGGAAACACUUUAAUAGUUAUUUACAGGCUGUGUUUCGACAAAUCACCACUAUCAAAAGGAUGUGGGUACUUUAUAUUAAAUUUGGGAAUUAGUGAUUUUUUCAUGGGUGUCUAUAUGAUUUUCAUUGGAGCAGCAGACAUGCUUUAUCGAGGGAAGUAUCUUUG